AUGCGCUCACCUGGGACCCUGAAGCACAGGAAUACAAGAUCCCGUAAAGACAAUGGCACCAAGCUGAGUUCCAUUGGCGUUGUGGACGUAUACCUGGGAGGACCGGGUACCUCUACAGGCGCCGAAUCCGCUCAUGGAAGCAAAGGCAGCUCGGAAUGUAUUGGUACAGAUCCGGCAGACGCUUUUCCUGUGAUGAAGGCUUUCGCGCAGCUAUUCAACAUCAGCUGGACCAAUACCGUGAAGCUUAUUAAGGCUUUAGAAACGAUGACUGGGUAA